AUGGCGCUGUUCCCCCAGAAUAAGGCUUUGGCUUCACUCAAAGGCUACCUCCAGUCUGGCGCAUACUCGGAUCUCAACAUCACCUGCGGCAGCGACACGUACAAAGUACACAAGAUCGUCGUGUGCGAGCGCGUUAGCUUCUUUGCUCGCGCACUCAAGUUUGGUGGACAGGAAACCCAGGACAAUGUUAUCAAUCUUCCCGACGAUGAGCCUGAGAUCAUCAAGCUCUUGAUCCAGUAUAUGUACGAGAGCGAGUAUGAGCCACAGCUGCCUGAGCACGACACCUCGAUAGAAAAGCCGCCGAACCUACCUACCAUCACCGGCACUUCCGAUCAGCUGCUCGUCCAUGCCAAGAUGUACGAGAUUGCCGACAAAUACGAUGUGCCAGGACUGAAAGAUUUGGUCGUCGAGAAAUUCAGCAGGGCGUGCAGGCAGGGCUGGGACUGCGCGAAGUUCCCUAUCGCCGCCCGCUAUGUCUUCUCGACUACGCCCGAUGAAGACAAAGGCCUGCGCAAAGUUGUCUCCAGUACGAUCGCGAGUCACAUGAAGGAAUUAGUGAAGAAACCAGAGAUCGAAUCUCUGUUGAAAGAGUUCAGCAGUCUGUCCUAUGAGCUUCUCAAGGCCAAGAUAGAAUCGGGAUGGCAGUGA